AUGGCGGGAAUGGAGGAGCUGGAGAUUAACAGUAAAUCAUAUCUUGUACGGUGGAUCAAUGUCAAAUCUGAACAUACACUCUCAUGGAGCAUCCAACCACAUAAGAAGUCGCUCAACUUCGGCAUCUUCAAGCAUCCUGGCCAGUCCGGAAAUGUUGCUAGUAGCUACGAUGGCUCUGCGCCUACCGAAUCUCUUUCCGCCGAAUUUACCGAUACCUGCAAGGAGAAUACUAAGGCUGCCAACUCUUCAUCUCUUGUCUUGGAGAAACUAAAAAAUAUUGGUCUGAAGCCUAUCCAGUGGAUCGGGAAAUGCGAGGCAGACAAGAUCUCCCAGGGAACCUACGACGUGGGCCCGCAUGAAGGAGGAAACUAUGCGCUUGUAUUCGACAAUACGUUUUCAAAGCAGAUCUCCAAAACCGCAACUUUUGUUCUUCUGACCUACCCGUCUCAUGCACCUCCACGCUCGGGGCACCAGGUUCAUCAUUCACAGGUUGUUGGGGUAUCCUGGGGAAAUUUGCAACCGGGAUUGAGCCAUCCAGCAUUAAACCCGACUGCAUCGGAGUCAACGGAGUCACUGCGACAUGGCCGUGCUGGGGCCAACAGUCGACUACCAACACACAGCUCAGAUUCCUCAAAAAGCUCUCCUGCGACCGUCCACACUGGAAUUCUACAGAAGAGAAGAAGGAAGCGUCACCAGGGAUUCGCCCGCCGCUUCUUCUCUCUCGACUUUAGCUCCUCUACUUUGUCUUAUUAUCAUGAUCGUAAUUCAUCUGCCCUACGGGGUGCAAUCCCCCUGAUUCUGGCUGUAAUUGCGACCAACGAAAAGACCAAAGAAAUAUCAAUUGACUCUGGAGUGGAGAUCUGGCAUCUCCGCGCCUCUAGCGAGAAUGACUUUCUAUCAUGGAAAUGCGCGUUGGAGAAGGCGUCUCAAAUCCAAGAUGGCGGGCUAUCAGAACCCAGGCCAAAACUCAUCACCCAGCAUCUUACCCCUGCCAGCAGUGUUGUGAGUGAUGUUCGGGAAUGGGCUGAAGUGGAAACUCUUGUCCAAAAGGUAUCCAACGCAAGGGAUAUGGUGCGUCGUCUGGCUAGGGAUACGGACCCUAAAUACUUGGUCACCCAUACCAACCGUCUGGAACGCUCGCAGAGCCCCCCCACGUCUGCUAUACCAGGUCCAUCGCCAGCGGGAAGCGGUGCGGAUGAUGCCAGCGAAAGCAGGGAUAAGCGCUCGUUUUGGAAAUUGAAGCCUAGGGAUAAUAGUGGCACAUAUCCUAGCCAAACCGCAAAACGUAGUGUUUCUUCUCGACUUAAUGUUCCUCCCUCGAGCGCAAUUGCACCUUUGACCUCUAAACCGCUAGGGCAUGCGACAGCUGCUUGGGAGCCAGCCGUACAUGAUGAUUUGAUGAUUAUCCUCCGGGAACUUAAUAUUGUGGUGUCCGAGUUUUCCACGCUGAUUCAGGAUAAAAGACAUAAAAUGGGAACUAAAACAACUCACAUUAAACCCCGACCGAGUUUCGAGUCUGAGGCAUCCCAGGAAUUUUUUGAUGCAAGGGACGGGAAUCUCUCGCCAUUGUUAACCAUUCAGCGAGACAGCGAUGAUGAAGAUGCAAGGAGCAAAACUCCUGUAACUGCAGACGGAGAUGAUGAGUCCCUCUCUGGAAGCGAAGUGGACGAGGCCGACGCCUUCACAAACAACGGGUUCCGUUUGGAUAGUUUCUCUUCUUUGUUUCCUGCCAAACCCAGAUCACUGGCACCGUUGCCCCUGAAUAAGGUCACACGGAGAGCCAAAAUACCAGCUCCCACAGUCCUUCCGCCAAGUUUGAUAAGCUUCCUCCGCAAAAACGUAGGCAAGGACCUGUCGACCAUAUCCAUGCCUGUUUCCGCCAAUGAACCGUUGUCACUACUUCAGCGCUUAGCCGAACAAUUCGAAUACUCCCAGCUGCUCGACAUUGCCGCUAGUGCCACAGAUGGCCUUGAACGUUUAAUUUAUGUCACAGCUUUCGCUCUCUCUUCGCUCUCCAACUCAAGAAUCAAAGAACGAGCCAUUCGCAAACCAUUCAAUCCAAUGCUUGGGGAAACUUUCGAACUAGUCCGCGAAGACCGUGGCUUCCGCUUAAUCGCUGAGAAAGUCUGCCAUCGACCCGUGCAAUUGGCGUAUCAAGCUGACUCCAAAGACUGGAGCUUCUCCCAGUCACCCAAACCUACGCAAAAGUUUUGGGGAAAGUCCGCUGAGAUCAUCACGGAUGGCACAGCCCGACUUACCUUGCAUUCUAGCGGUGAGCACUUCAGCUGGUCCCCGGCCACCUGCUUCCUGCGCAACAUCAUUGCGGGCGAAAAGUAUGUUGAGCCAGUCGGCGAAUUGUGUGUGGUGAAUGAAACCACAGGCCAGAAGACAAUAACCACCUUCAAAGCCGGUGGCAUGUUCUCGGGCCGUAGCGAAGAAGUUGUCGUCAAGGCUUUCGACACGCAUGGCGGGGAAUUACCCCUCGGUCUCCACGGGACCUGGACUACCUCCCUCCAACUGACGGAACACGGCGCAGAGACCAACAAAACUAUGUGGGCUGCCGGUCCUCUUGUUGAUAAGCCUGCGAAAAAUUACGGGUUUACAUCCUUUGCUGUCACGCUGAACGAAACCACCGCGAUUGAGAAGGGGAAAAUACCUAUCACGGAUAGCCGGUUGCGUCCGGACCAGCAGGCGCUGGAAGAAGGGGAUGUGGACCGUGCCGAGGAACUGAAGGGGCAGUUGGAGGGGAAGCAGAGGGAGAGGAGGAAGGAUAUGGAGAGACGAGGAGAGAUUUGGAGGCCCAGGUGGUUUGUGCAGGUGGAGGAGGUUGGUUGUGGCGGUGCUGAGGAGGAGACGGUUUGGAAAUUGAAGACGGGGAAGGAUGGGUAUUGGGAAGAGAGGGCGAGGGGCGAGUGGACUGGGGUUGUGCCAGUGUUUAAACUAUAG